AUGCCUACAUACACAAUCUAUCUAUCUAUCUAUCUAUCUAUCUAUCUAUCUAUCUAUCUAUCUAAUUUGUUCAUAUCUAUCUAUCUAUCUAUCUAUCUAUCUAUCUAUCUAUCUAUCUAUCUAUCUAUCUAUCUAUCUAUCUCAGUCUGUUCAUAUCUAUCUAUCUAUCUAUCUAUCUCAGUCUGUUCAUAUCUAUCUAUCUAUCUAUCUAUCUAUCUAUCUAUCUAUCUAUCUAUCUAUCUAUCUCUGUUCAUAUCUAUCUAUCUAUCUAUCUAUCUAUCUAUCUAUCUAUCUAUCUAUCUAUCUAAGUCUAUUCAUAUCUAUCUUAGUCUGUUGCUAUCUAUCUAUCUGAAUGGUGACAAACUUUUGCGAGAGUCUUUUCUCUCCUCAACGCUGAUUCUUCCUUCCUUUUUCCUUCAUGUUUCUUCUUUCUUUCUUUCUUCCUCAUUCAUUUCUACGUGUUUUUCUUCACUUUUCUUUCUUAGUUUUUUUUUUUUCAUUUUUCUCUUUUUUUAUUCCUUUCAUUUCUAUUUUUUUCUUUAUUUCUUUCUCGAAUUUUAUUCAUCCUCUUCUGUCCUUUUCUCUUCUUUCUUUCUACUUUCUCUUCACUUUUAUUUUCCCCCCUUUCCUCCUUAUAUUUCUGAUAUUUUUUCUUUCUUUUUUCCUUCUUUUCUCGAAUUUUAUUCACCAUCUAUACUUUUCUCCUUUAUUUUAUGUUUUUAUUCUAAUUUUCCCUUUUCUUUUUCCUUAUUUUCCCUUAUAAAUUCAAUCAUCCCUAUUUUUUUUCUUUUUGCCAAUGUUCGGUUUUCCUUCAUUUUAAUCCUUUCAUCUUUCUUUUGUUUUCUUUAUUCUUUCUUUCUCACUCUCCAUUUCGUCACUACUUUUUCUCUUUCUUUUAAUUUCCUAUUCUUUUGUCGUUCAGAUAAUCUUCAUAAUCUUUAUCUUUUCUUUCUAUCAUUAUUUUUCUUUGCAUUUUUCUUUCUUUUAAUUUCCUUCUUUUCUUCCUUUUUUUCCUUCCUUCUCUUCUUUUUUCUUCCUUCAUUCUUUUUUACCUUUUUCGUUUCUUCUUUUUUUCAUUUUCUCCUUCCUGUUUUCUUUCUUUUUUCCUUCCUUCUUUUCUUCUUUUUUUCCUUCCUUCUUUUCUUCUUUUUCUCAUUCCUUUUUUCUUUCUAUUUUCCUUACUUCUUUUCUAUUAUUAUAUUCUUUUUCUUCAUGAGAUCGCUUCCCGUUGGUUUAAUAAUCAAUUCUUUCUUUCCUCUUUCCAUUUUCUACUUUAUUUUUGGUCCAGUCCGUUUGAUUUUCUUUCUUUCUUUCUUUCUUUUGUCUUUCUUUCUUUCUUUCUUUCUUUUUGUUUUAUUUUUCUCAGUCCGUUUGAUUUUCUUUCUUUCUUUCUUUCUUUCUUUUUUCUUUCUUUCUUUCUUUCUUUCUUUCUUUCUUUCUUUCUUUCUUUUUUGUUUUAUUUUUCUCAGUCCGUUUGAUUUUCUUUCUUUCUUUCUUUCUUUCUUUCUUUCUUUCUUUCUUUCUUUUUGUUUUAUUUUUCUCAGUCCGUUUGAUUUUCUUUCUUUCUUUCUUUCUUUCUUUCUUUCUUUCUUUCUUUUUUCUUUCUGUUGUUAA